AUCUCAGUUUAUGGACUUGCACUUGCAACUGGAAAAUACUGCUAAGCUUUACUCAGUUGCCAAAAGUAAUUUUGUUUGAAAAACAAUAAGAGCCAGUAAAGAAAAAUAUUAGCUUUGUAUAGUUACUUCCCCAGUAAAAAAUUGCAGCGAGAGCGUAAAAGCAAAAUAGAGCGUAAAAUUGACAAGAAGAGAAAACUAGCAGAAAAAGUUACUGAACACAAGACUAGUAAGAAUUUGCAAGUGAACAGUUGCUGCACUGUUUUGACAUUUCUUUUGAGGUUAAAUUUUUGUGCACAUUGUUAUACAUACAUAUUUGCAAACCGAACGCGUGCAAAUGGGAAAAAUUACGCUGGAGGUGAAAUGCUCACCGGGAACAAUAAAAAGGAUAGAAACCAAUGCUGAAUAUCAACAGGAGGUACUCGCCCAACUCUUUCUGGAAGAACCCUUCGACGAAGUAAGGUUCUCUCCGUCUCAACCAGGCUUUGAAUCAGUUGGUUUUCUUGGACGCAGCGGCAGUCACGUUGCAGCAAAAAGUAUUGAAUCGUAUGAAUUGUUUGGAAGCGGUUGCGGUGGUGUUGGAGCAAAAAGUGUUAAAUCCUCUAGAGUGCUUGCAAGCGGUGGCAGUGGUGGCAGUGGUGAUGGGCCAAACAGUAUUGAAUCCUGUGAAUUGUUUGGAAGCGGUUGCAGUGGAGAUGGAUCAAAUAGUAUUGAAUCCUAUGAAUUGUUUGGAAGGGGUUGCGGUGGUGAUAGAGUAAAAAGUGUUAAAUCCCCUAGAUUUCUUGGAAGCGGUGGCAGUUGAGUUGGAGCAAAAGUAAGUGUGUUUUCUUUAUAUAUGUAUAUAUGUGCACACAUAAUUUCAUAUUAGUAACAAUGGUUUUAUUUUUACAUUUUACAGAGUGUUAAAUCCUCUAGAUGUCUUGGAAGCGGGGGCAGUGGUGUUGGAGCAAAAGUAAGUCGGUUUUCUUUAUAUAUGUACAUAUGUAUGUACAUACAUAAUUUGUUUGU